GACAAAGGCAGAUCAAGCUGGGUGGUUUCCCCCCCCCCAGUGUUUUUUCUUCCCUUUCACCUUGGAUUGAUACCGUGGAAAGGGCUCUCGGUGCAUGCAAACAGAUGCGGGCUCGGCUUUUUCUUGGAGGCAGGGAGGUGGUGGCUUUCGCAUCGCCCUGGAGAACCGGAGGGGAUGCGAUGGGGGUGAUGAAGACUAGGUUCAUCCUGCUGUCUCUCUCUGCGAGAUGCUAGUGGACAUGUUGUUAUGCUUCUGACUGAGCAGAGGUUGAACAAGAAGAGGAGGGUGGAAAAAAACAACACCCCAGCAUCCUAUUCAGCGGGGAAACUUUCUGAAUAUUUCUGGAGGAGGAAAAGCUGAUAUGAUGCUUGUGGAUCUGGAGAUCGGUGGAUGUGUAUCAGGAGGAAACCUGGGGUGUUUGUAGCAGAAGAAGCGGCUUAAAGAGCCAGGGGGGAAGCCGGGAUUCAGAGUUCAUUUUUUCCUGGGAUAUCUGGCAUUGCAACUUCGCUCCAAGAAAAUGAGUUCCGGGGUGAGCUGCUGAACCAAAGGUGGACCUGUGGAGACAAGAUCAGCAGUUGUGAGACAAAAAGCCUACACAGCAGACGCAUCAAGAUGAGUUUAGAAAAUGACGAUAAGAGAGCGCGCACACGGUCGAAAUCUAUCCGAGUGCCCACGGAACUCAUCGGACAGGAGGUGAGCUGCCCAACCCCAGGCUGCAAUGGCUCAGGACAUAUCCGGGGAAAGUAUGCAAGGCACAGAAGUUUACAAAGCUGCCCUCUAGCAAAGAAGAGGAAACUUCAGGAUGCCGAGGCCGAGCACUUGGUGUCCAAGAGGAAAUCCCAUCCCCUCAAACUGGCCCUCGACGAAGGCUACAAUGUCGACAGCGAUGGGAGCGAGGAGACGGAGGUGAAGGAAGAGUCUGGCACCGAUGAAUCAGAGGGGACUUUGGAGGAGGAAGAGGCAGAGACAACCGAACAGGAGGAGACCCGUAGCCCUGAGCCAGCAGAAGCAAAAAGCCCAGCAAAAUCAUCUCACUAUGGACAAAAUGCAGCUCCCAGUACAUCUGGCCCUAGCAAGGCCAACUACAGCAGCUAUCAAGAAAUAAUUGCCAACUCUCUCCUAAACCUAGGCCAAAUAGCAGAAGAAACCCUUGCAAUAGAAGGACAGCUGCCUGAACGGGACCUGCAGGUCUCCAAGCCUCCUGGGAAUGUAGUUCACCUGGUCCGCGAAGGAGCAGGAGAGGAGGUGAUGGAAGAGGAGUGUGACAAGGAGAUUAUCAUCCAGACGGAGGAUGCGGAGGAGGUCAUCGAGGUCACCAGCGAACGCAGCAGUGAGUUGUGCUCCGAGCAUCGGGACGACGGCAACUGCGAGGAGUCCUGCCCGUUGCAAAAGGCCAUGCAAGCAGAAGCAGAAGAGGAUGAUGAUGAAGAGGAGGACGACGACGACGAUGAGGAGGAAGAGGAUGAGGACGAGGAGGAUGAGGACGAGGAAGAGGAAGAGGAGGAGGAGAUGGCGCCUGAAGUGAUCUGCGAAGAAACGCCUCACACUUCUCAGGACUCCCAGAAAACCCACUGUGAAGGGCGGCUGAGCCCGAAGCCUGAGUACUCGGUCAUCGUGGAGGUCAGGUCAGACGAUGACAAAGACGACGACGCGCGCUCCCAGAAAUCAGCGGUGACCGACGAGUCUGAAAUGUAUGACAUGAUGACCAGAGGGAACCUGGGGCUGCUGGAACAGGCCAUCGCACUGAAGGCCGAGCAGGUGAAGAUCGUGAGGGAGCCCAGCCGCUUGCCAGGAGAGCACGUGAAGCACUUCCAGGUGGAUGAGAAACAAAGCAAAUCUAUGGAUGCCAUCCGAAAAAACUACUACGGCAAAGACCCCUCGAGACCUGAGAAACGAGAGAUCAAAUGUCCAACUCCGGGUUGUGAUGGCACCGGUCACGUCACAGGACUCUACCCUCACCAUCGCAGCCUGUCCGGUUGCCCACACAAAGACAGGAUCCCUCCAGAAAUCUUGGCUAUGCACGAGAAUGUGUUAAAAUGCCCAACACCAGGCUGCACAGGACAGGGUCACGUGAACAGCAAUCGCAACACACACAGAAGUUUAUCCGGUUGCCCUAUUGCCGCUGCUGAAAAAUUAGCCAAAUCUCAUGAAAAGCAACAAACGCAGUCUGGAGACCCCUCUAAAAGCAGCUCCAAUUCUGACCGGAUACUCAGGCCUAUGUGCUUUGUGAAGCAGCUGGAGAUUCCUCAGUAUGGGAGCUACCGGCCCAACAUGGUUCCAGCCACCCCUCGAGCCAACCUGGCCAAGGAGCUGGAGAAGUACUCCAAGGUCACCUUCGAUUAUGCAAGUUUUGAUGCUCAGGUUUUUGGCAAACGCAUGCUUGCCCCAAAGAUACAGACUAGCGAAACCUCACCUAAAGCCUUUAAAUCCAAAUCUUUUCCAAAGGCCUCUUCCCCCAGCCACAGCCCUUCUAGUAGUUAUGUGAAGAGCACUUCAUCUUCCUCGACAGGCUUCGACUACUCCCACGACGCCGAAGCCGCGCAUAUGGCCGCCACUGCCAUCCUAAAUCUCUCCACUCGCUGCUGGGAAAUGCCAGAAAACCUCAGUACCAAGCAGCAGGAUGCCCCCAGCAAGUCUAUGGACAUUGAGGUGGAUGAGAACGGGACUCUGGACUUGAGCAUGAACAAGCACCGCAAGCGGGAGAGCACCUUUCCCAGCAGCAGCAGCUGCAGCAGCAGUCCCAGCGUGAAGUCCCCAGAUGUGUCCCAACGCCAAAACAGCACCAGUGCCACAAGCAGCACCAUGACCUCCCCGCAGUCCAGCCAGACCUCCCGUCAGGAUGAAUGGGAUGGCCCCAUCGACUACACGAAACCAAAUCGUCAGCGAGAGGAGGAGCCGGAAGAGUCAGAGCCUGCACCCAACUCUUUCGCCUCCUCCGAAGCAGAUGAGCAAGAGGUGUCGGAGGAGAACUUUGAGGAACGGAAAUACCCUGGGGAAGUCACCUUGUCCAACUUCAAGCUUAAAUUCCUCUCCAAGGACAUCAAGAAGGAGCUGCUAACAGGGAGUGGAGGCAACAACAGCAGAGGGUAUAAAACAAGUUGUUUUGUGGGGCAUCAGAAACAGGAUUUCCAGGACCAUCAGCAUGGACAAACUAUGAGUUGCCCUACCCCAGGCUGUGAUGGCAGCGGACACAUCACGGGAAACUAUGCCUCUCACCGCAGCCUUUCUGGUUGUCCUCUUGCUGACAAGAGCCUCAGAAACCUCAUGGCUGCCCACUCUGCUGAUCUCAAGUGCCCAACUCCUGGUUGUGAUGGCUCUGGUCACAUAACAGGAAAUUAUGCAUCGCAUCGGAGCCUGUCAGGCUGCCCUCGUGCCAAGAAAAGUGGAAUCAAGAUAACCCCCACGAAAGACGACAAAGAAGACCCGGAGCUCAUGAAGUGUCCAGUUCCAGGUUGUGUCGGGCUGGGACACAUCAGCGGCAAAUAUGCUUCGCACCGCAGUGCGUCGGGAUGCCCGCUCGCAGCCCGCAGGCAGAAGGAAGGAUCUCUCAACGGUUCGUCGUUCUCCUGGAAAUCACUGAAGAACGAGGGGCCUACUUGUCCAACCCCGGGCUGCGACGGCUCGGGCCAUGCCAAUGGAAGCUUCCUCACUCACAGAAGUUUGUCAGGGUGUCCAAGAGCUACUUUUGCUGGGAAGAAAGGAAAACUCUCAGGGGAUGAAAUUCUCAACACUAAAUUCAAGACCAGCGAUGUUCUAGAGAACGAUGAAGAAAUUAAGCAGUUGAACAAGGAGAUCAGUGAACUGAACGAGUCCAACUCUGAGAUGGAAGCAGCCAUGGUGAAACUGCAGUCGCAGAUAUCCACCAUGGAGAAAAACCUCAAGAACAUAGAGGAGGAAAACAAAAUCAUCGAGGAACAAAACGAAGCCCUGUUCUUGGAGCUCUCAGGGUUGAGCCAGGCUCUCAUCCAAAGUCUUGCCAAUAUUCGCCUUCCACACAUGGAGCCAAUCAGCGAACAGAACUUUGACGCGUACGUUAAUACCCUUACUGACAUGUACACCAAUCAGGAGUGCUACCAGAACCCUGAGAACAAGGACCUGCUAGAAAGCAUUAAACAGGCUGUCAAGGGCAUCCAGGUUUAAUGCCGUGGGACAAAAUACACACACCUACACCCGCACACACAUGCAUACACACACAGACACGCACGCACGCACGCACCCACAUGCAAAGAGACUGUACGAAGAUGGAACUUUCUCUCCGAGUAUUCAGGUUUAGCAAGUUGUGCAACUUGUUUGAUGAAUGAAAAAAAAAAAAAAAAAAAAAAAGGACCAAAAUUGAACCAAGAGGCCAUUUACAAGAAGCAGAACUGAACUGAACUCAAAAGGUUAUCGUUUACUUGGACCUUCUUGCAGAAGAACGGGAUUUUUCUCCCCGUUCCAUGGGGUAGGUGAGGAUCAAAGACGAGAGGGUUAAAUUGGCUGCGGGGCAUGGUAGCUUGCGAAGAACAAGCCCUUUCCUGAGUUGCCAUGUGCUGCUGGUGAGGAAGAAGGCGCUGUUGCAGAGUUCAUCCGAGCGUUAAACCGGUUAGAGGAACGGGGCUUGUCUGAUUCGAGGCUGGCUUAAACCCUCCUGCUGUCUGUGGUCGUAUGUCCAGAUCACCUACUCGCACACAAAUUAUGUUAUAUGUUAUUAUACCUGCGAAGCCGGAGCUGCCGGCUACCUGUAAAUCUGAACCUCUGCUGGGCCUCCCACCCCUUGGUAUUCAGACACGCACUGGGUGUGGGAUCUCUUAAGUAUUAUAAAGUAGCUUAUUUUUAUUUUCUGAAAGAAAUCUGAAGAGCAGUUCUGGAUCUCCAGUGGAAAGCGCAUUGAAAAAAAAAAUAGGUUCUCAGGGAAGCUUUUGGAGUUUGCAACUACAGUAUUCCUUUGUCUGUCUUAAAUAUGAGAAUAGGUAUUAUGAAUAGACCGAUACCAGAUAUUUCAUACAGAAGAUUUCUAAAUGUGUCAUGGUCCAGUAUAUAUGAGUUUUUGGAAGUCUAUUUGCUGACAGUUCUGUUUCUUUUCGUUCUUGUGGUCAUCCUUGCAGUGGUGCAGUACUGCCAGUGGAAAGAUCAAAACGUGAACAAACAAGAAAUGAUAUUAAUUGAUGGCCAGCAAAGUGCUUAUCUACCGUGAACCGUGGCUGAUUUCUUACAGAUGUCUACGUGGCAAUGGGUUUUCCUUUUGGUUGGAUUUUGCUUUUUCUGCAUUUUUUUUCUUUCCUGCAAUGUGUCAUUCCACACACACACACACACACACACACACACACACACACACACAUGCACACACGCAUACACACACACAAAGCGUUUCCUUCCAAAGAAGUCUUUUUUAAGCAGUUCAGUACAUGAAGGCCCACUGUGCACUUAAAAGAAUUACAACGCCAUGAAUGUCUUUGCAAAAACUGAUCUCUAGCACCUCUUCCCUCCCAGUGGCCAACGUGGUAGGGCAUGGCAAUUAAGGUAAUUUUGAAAAGGUGGAGAGGAUGAAAGAGGUACUAAUCUAUCCCAGCACCAUACAGAUCUUUAGCUCAGCUCAUUCAAGCAUUGACUCUCAUUCGGACCUUUAUAUCAGCCUGGUGAUAACACUUCUGGAGGUGAUAGAGGUGAAAGCCCCUUAGAAUUCGAGUGUUGGACGCACAACCCCCCUACUUUCGAUAUCAUUUCCACUGAGGUAGGGAGGUUGGAGGGGAUUUUGCCGACCAAGAUUAAAGCGAAGAAUAUGGUCUUAUGACGAGCCCAGUCCUGCAAAUGUUAAAGGUAUGAUCCAAAGUCCAGAGAAGUCAAUGGAAAGAUGUCCAUUGAUUCCAGUGGACGUUGGAUAAAGCUUGUAAGGACAUGAGCAGUUUUACUGCUAUAGAGUAGCCCCUUUCAAGUCAAAAGGGAAGUUCAUGUGAGGAAAUGUAUUUACAGACUUAAGUGUUUGCAGGAUCAGACCCUAUGAGUUCACUUAUUUUUAGAACCCAUUCCAAGUGCAAAUUUUUUUUUUUUAAAAGAGGAAAAAGAUUAAUUUGAUGUGUUAAAAACACAAUGUUCUUAACAUGUAAAUAGAAUCCAAAUUGAUUGUGACUGCAAUUCAGUUAGUAUUUAAAAGUAGAGAAAUUGCACUUCCUGGAAGAGAAAAGGGGGGAAAAAAAAGUAGUUAGUUUAAUUAUCCUGUAAAUUAUUUAAUUUUGGCAAGAUGUAUGUAAUUUAUAUCCACAACACCUUAUGUUAACUUUUUUGCUAUUUAUUUAACUUUUUUAUUUAUUAAUUUUAUACUUAUUUUAAACUGGACACCGCACCAUGGGGGGGAAAAAAAAUAUAAAAAAGCAGCAAAAAAUAAAAAAGCAACACCUUUUGACCAUAAAGAUGAUAUUCCAAAAAAAAAAAAAAAAAAGAGGAGGAAAAAAAACCCUUAUCUACAACUCCUACUUGUAAUUUUGAUGCAACCGAGUUAUUUUUUAUAUAUUUUGUUAUUUAUUCUUUUAACAAUGGGAAUUUUUUUAAAGAUAUUUUAUAACUGAAGCGUUUUGAUAAUUUUUUGUUUGUUUUUUUGAGGGGGGGGACAAAUGGGGGAAAGAGACGUUUUUUGUUCUUUUCUUCUUUUCCUUUUUUUUUUUCACUCAUUGUUUCAGGCACUGAUAACAGGAAAUGAAAAUUCUGUAUUUAUUAUUUAUUUAAUAUUUAAGUCAAAAUGAACUGUGCUCUUGUUGUAUAUUUAUUUUGUCGUUUGUGUGUCGAUUAUGUGAUGACUGAGUACUUGUUUAUGUGAAGGAAUACUGUUCAUAUUUAAAUAAUAAAGAGUCACAUUGAAAGUUAUAGCAGGCUACAUGUUAUUCUGUGACAAAUGAAUACUGUGAUCUACUUUCCUCAGGAAAUGUAUUCUGCAGAGAGGACUUCCUUUAUGUAUCUGCAGGAUUCUUUCAUAAUAAAAACCCAGUUCUGUUUGUGA